AUUUCUCACUAUUUCGAAAAUAACUUAUGAGAUCAUCGCUUGCUUGGCCUUUUCCCUAGUCACCAAUCCCAGCAAGCCAUUGGGCCGAGGCACUCGCGGCCAGAGAAGCAGCCCGUCCCGUUCAAUCCAGCAAUGCAGGCGAGUUUCACAAGCUCACUGAAUUUCCUCUAUUUUAGCUUCGUGAAAGCGUCGGGAUCUGCGACCGAUGCUGCAGGCGCUGCGAAUCAAAAAGUUCCAAUACGCGAUGGCCCUCGGAAUGAUGACGGUAUUUUCUUUCCAAGUAUUUCUGCUGUGUACUUAAGUACACUACUUUGCUUGGAUGGGCAGGCAGCUCCGAAACUCCCCAGCCCAACUGGCGGUCUGAGAGAUUUUGUUGGACUCUUGUUACUGCGCCACCAAGUUGUCUAAUCGAGACUGAAGACAUAAGUCUUCUGCCUGCAUGUGUGUGCAUUGCUAGUUCUUUCAAACGUUGAAGAAGAGACAGGAAUAGCACAAGUGAAGCAAGGUACGUACCU